CAGUUCCCUCAAUUUCCAGUCUCACAUCAGAUGUGAUUAAGUCAUGUUUACGUCCCACAGGUUCUGUGAGCCAUGAUGUCUGUAAAGUGCUGGAAUGUCACAAAGAUGGCACCGUCACCCAGACUUAUUCCUGAGUGGAAGGACUUGAAACUCUUCAUAAAUAAUAUGCUGAAGGAUCUAAAGUCUGCUGAGAAACCAAAGAAUGAGGUGAUUGUACUGAGUGACUGGCCUGAGACUCUGUACCAGGAGCCUCACCAUCCCCAGAGCAAGCCUUUCAUCUGCUUCUACUCCAUCAACAUCAACUAUUUCGUCUCCUUAAACUGGGUGGAACCAGAUUCAAACCCAAUACAGGCAGUACUUUGGAUACAGAAGAAAGAUACAGAAGCAGAAGGAACAAUGGAGAAGAUGAUGUUUUGUGUGAUGGAUCAAGUACCACCCAUUGAAGCAAUGGUCCACACAGGUUCCUACCACAUGUUAGUUGCUUACUGUGGUGAUAUGCACCUGUGGCUCUUUGGAGAUCACCAUCGAGCAUUCAUAUCCCUGGGCACAGUGCCCUGUCGUUUCUUCAUCAGCUGCCUCUGCUAUGACCCAGAAACGGAGGUGCUGCUGUCUGGUACCUUGGGGGCUGUGGUUACCUGGCUUAUCUUACCAAAUGGCAGGGACCUCCAGAUGGCACAAACAGUGCCCAUGUCUGGUCAUGAGCUUGUACAGGGCUUUUCCCUGAAUGGCCCCAAGGGGUCUCUCCUGGCCCUUUGUGAGAAUAAGGUAAGGGUCUUCACCCACCAGGGUCAGGGCCAGCUGAAAGAGGUAAGAAAGUUCACACCCAUAGGCAGUGGCUCUUCCAUCACCUGCUCCUUCACUUGUGUCUCUCAGGGAUAUUUCUAUGCUGGAAACAAGGAUGGAGAGAUCCAUGCUUGGGGUCUAGACCAGGGUAACUUCCUCCACAGCUUCCAGGCCCAUUCUUCAUCAGUUAUAUGUGUUCACAGCCGGCCAGAGAUCCACACCUUACUGACAGCAGGCCGAGAAGGCACAGUAAGGGAAUGGAACCUUGCUGUUGGGAACUUGCUGCGGCAGCUGGAUAUUGGUGACGGUCUGCGGCAACUGCAGUUUAUUGAUAACACCACUUUUUUCUGCCAGACUACCCACGCUUUCUCACUGCACCACCUGCCUUAUUUUUAUAACCUCUUCAAUGUCUGUGGUUCUGCUCCUGAGCAGGUGCACCGGGUCUGCUGUGGCCGAAAUUGGACUCGGAUCCUGUGUGCCACUAAGGAUGGUUUGUUGCGCUUCCUGUCUCCAGUGACAGGAGAUCUCCUGGUUCUCACCUGGCCUCUGCUUGUCAUGGAUAAGGCUGUGGCUUGGGCCUAUGACCCAGACAAUGAGGAGCUCUUUGUGGCAACAGGCAGCUCAGAGGUGCUGGUGCUUGAUGCAACGCGCUCGCCUUGCACAGCCAAGUAUAUGGUAUGCACUUCAGUAAACUCUAGGGACAGAGUAAGUUGCCUGGCCUAUGCACAGUCCCAUUUGGGUAUGGGCCUAGUAGGACUGAUGUUCUGUGGGCAUGACAGUGGCAUUGUGAGAAUCCUCUCCCACUAUAGCUAUGCCCGAAUAGAAAAGGCUGUUCAUUCUGGAGCAGUUUUGGCCCUGUCUACCCUGGAAGGUCCCCAGGAAAACUCCUUGCUCUGUUCCUAUGGCAUGGAUAAUACUGUAUACCUGACAGAAGCUUUGCUGUGGAAGAACAAGGUAAUCCUGCAGUCCAUAAGCAAAAUUCUCUGUAGUUGCCCCCUACAACACGUGAUACUGCUGCCGGGUUCUGUGGGUGCCAUCACUGACAACCACUGCUGGCGUCUCUGGCACUAUCAAGAUUUUCUGCAAUCUGCAGAAUCAAAACAAAGCUCUAUGUUUGAAGAGACAAAAUGCCUGCACCGGUGUGCCAUCACUUCAUUUGAUGUCUGCUCCUCCCUGAAACUUUUUGUCACAGGGGGCAUUGAUGGCUCAGUCCGGAUCUGGGACUUCCAUGGUAGACUCAUAACUGAGUUGGAUUCAGCACUGCAUUUUGGUCCACUCUGCUUUGCCAAUAAUCGGGGUGACCUGCUUUUGACUUUCAACCAGAGUCUUUACCUGGUAUCAUGCUUAAAAUUGCUCCCUCCUGCUCGGCUGAUUCACCUAGCUAUCCUAAAUAAUGCAGAUGAAAUACAAGAAGACCCUAAACUCUUUCUGCCUAGCUUCUUCUUUUCUUUUGAAAUAGUACUUGUACCCAAAUUUGUCUAUCUUGGACAAGGGCUGCAGGAAUUACAGGGGCUAGAGGCCCUUGUUAACAAACGGGUCAUUGCCUUUGACAAUACUGUGCCCCAUGUUGUAGAGGAAGAGAGACGUAUGCCUUCUCUGAUUCAAGUGGAACCCAAAUUACAUUUUUUGGAGGAUAAGGAUAUUGCUUUUUCUAUUCCUGACCCCAAGCAUAAUCAUCCCCCACAUGUGGUUCCUGCUCAACUACGGCUGGCUGGCUGGAAUGGGUUGAACCCCUAUCAUAAACUGCAUGGCUUCUUUGGUAAAGGGCGGCAAUGGCCCUUUGCUCCUGAUGGCUACAUCCCCAACUCAGUUAUCCGUGCCUGCCUUUGGCCUGACGGUACCCCAGUCUUCUUACGCCAUGACCUGUACCCAUCCUACCGAGAUAUAGACUGGGACGUGACUGAACCCAUCAGACACCAGACACUGUCACCUAUGCCUCUAUCAGAAGAGAACAUCUCAAUGAGGAGAGAGAGGGAUAAAUCCAAGUGGUGGAAACGAACAUUCUAUGAUGUUCUAACAAGCUUGAUAAACCGAAAUUGGGCAGGAAGAAAACUUGAUGAAGGACUUCUAAAUAAUUUAAUUGAGGCAAUCCUCAGCCUCACAGUUUACUGUUCUAUAGACCAGUACACGACAUAUAUUAGUGCCCUGGCACAAAUUUUUGCCACUUACCAAGUAUCUCCAAGGUUGUGCUCUGAGACUGCCUGUCGCCUGCUGGAAGAUACACUCCAUCCCAACCCAUGCAUCCGUGAGCUAGCCUGGGAGGGGCUAGAUAUGCUUGGCAUCAUGAGCCAUCUCUUUGCUGUUCCACUGAGUCUGGGAUUGAUGGACAGUGAUGAAAAUGUGCGGGCUAAGGCUUUGUACCUUAUGAUAAGAGUCACAGGCAUCCAAAGUAAGAGCAUGCUGGUAGGCCUGCUGAAGGAACAAGAAACCCUCCAAAAAAUGCAGCGGGAACUUAUUGGAGAAACCUCUCUGGACCAGCUGCUGGGGAUCCAAGCUAACGACAUCCAGUGCCUGCUUACACGGGUGGAGCAGCAGCUAAAUGAAAACCUGACCUUGUCACACAGAGACCAACAACCUCCUUUUUCUUUAGACAUAUCAAUGGAUGGUGAACCUGAGACCUUUGUCAAACGAACAUUCAUACCUGAAGAGAUCACCAAACGAAAGAAAAGAAUGACAUAUGUUCAAGAAAAGAGAGAAAGUCUUAUUAAAAAGGACCUGAGAGUUUCCAGAAAGAAGAGAGAGACAGAGCUUGUAAAAUUUAGCUCUAUGUUGGUGCCUUCAGAGGAUGAAGGUGAACAGAGAGAGGCCAAGAAAUCAGAGCUAAUUGACACUGAGGAUGUUGCCUUAGAGCCAGAGCUGCCACUAAGUACUUUCAGCCCAGCCAAAUCUAAAGAGGUUGCUGAAUCAAAGGAGGUCAUGACAGAAGCUACAGAAGCUAUGGAAGCCACAGAAGAAGGAAGAGGCCACAUGGCAGUCACGGAGGCAGUGGAAGCCACACAGAUUAUGAAGGCCAUAGAUCAACAUGACAUGAAAGAUUAUGGAGAGAUAUUCCCUAAGCUGGAAAGACAAGAACACAUGAAAAGACUCUGGGAAAGGGCAGUGGAAAAAAGCCGUGAAAAAGUAGCUGCGAAGUUGAAACAGAAAGAAAAUUUGAAAGAUAUUUCAAAGAUGACUGCAGAAGAGCCCAAAGAAAAAGUCAUGCAGAUUGCUGAGCAAGAAAAAGAUACAAGGAAGAAACUUGGAAAGGGUGGCCAAGGUUUGGCUGGUGCCCCUGGACACACAGAUGAAUCAGACACCAGGUCUUGGCGGAAUGACAUUUGCUAUCUUGCCACCUCAAGGAUAGCAAGUUCCCAUCCAGGAAUGUUAAGGGAUCUGGGUCAAGAAUUGGUGGACUUGGCUCGGGUGAUUCUUGCUCCCCAAGAGCCCAGUUGGGAUCUAUUCCAAGAGAUCUGCCCCCUUUUAAAGGACUCCUCAGAAUUGGAGGAAAGAGUGGUAGAAGAACCAUCCACUAUAACAGAAAAGGUGGAUAAAGAGAUUGUCGAGGAAGAAGUGACAGAGUUGGGAAGACAAAGGGGAAAAGAAGCAUUAGAGAAGGACAAGGCAUUUUCUCAAGUCAAGAAAAAGAAAGUUGCUUUCUUAGAUAAACUAGCCUUACAGAAAAGGAAAUUAAAAAAAGAAGCACGGGGACUGGCCAGGCAAGAUGGGAAAAUAGCUGAGGAAGAAAGGAAACUGAGUAAGCCAGAGAAGAAAUUAAUUCAGGGUAAGGAGAAACUGAUCCAGGAUAUGAAGAAACUGACUCAUCAGAAAGAAAAAAUAGUUUGGGAGGAAAAACUACUGGCUUAUCCACAAAAGACAUUAACCAAGGAAGAGCAGAAGUUAGUUUUAGGAGAAAAGAAAGAUACUGGAAAAGGGAAAAAACGACUAGGGGAAAGAAAGAGAGUUACCCAGAAAGAGGGGAGGGCAGCCCUGAAAAGGAGUAAGUGGGACUGGGAGAAGAUUAUGAUGGCCCAUGAAGAAGACAUGUGGCCCCAGGAAGAGGUGUUGCCUGUCUGGGGAGAGAGGAAAUUGUCCCAGGAAGAGGAAGAGCUGUGUGAGGAAGAUGAGCUGAGUGAGGAAGAGGAGGAGCCCUGUGAGGAAGAGGAGUUCAGUGAGGAAGAGCCAACUGAGGAAGAAGAGGAACUGGCCUGGGAUGAAGAGGAACUAAUUCUGUACUUAAAGAAACCAGUUAAAGGUAGGAAGAAAAAGUCCCACAAAAAGAAGAAACACAUUCAAGGUAUAGAGAAACAUGUUGAAGAAGAGGCCCAGAAAAGGGGGGAAUUAGCCCAGGAAGAGGAACAUUUGUCUAGCGAAGAGGAGGGACUGUCUGGGGAAGAAGAAAAACAGGCAUCAGAAAAGGGCAGCUUGGCAGAGCAAGAAAUUAAAUUGACCACAGAGAAGAAUAAAUGGUUAAAAAAGAAAAAAGAGGCCUAUAAAAAGAAACAAAUCCAAGAAAAUGAAAAACAAGUUGGGAAACAGGAGAAAGAAGACCAGAAAGAGGAGGAGGAGAGCCUGAGCCAGGAGGAGAGCCUGAGCCAGGAGGAAAUGGAGAAGAUAGAGAAAAGGGAGAAGGAGGAGGAAAGACAGAAGGAUGGGGAAAGCAGACUUAUGGAGGUGAUACUCCCAGAAGAGGGAGUAUUGAAAACAGAGCUCUCCAAGGAGGAAGUGAGCUUAUCAAAGCUAACAAUAGAAGAUGAGUCUCUUGCUGAGAAAAGAAAAGGUACAACUAGAAGGAAAAUGCCUUUUAAGAAAGAAAGAUUGCUUGAUGGAAAGAGAGAUCCCAUACUUAGGGAUAAAGUCAUGUGGCCAACAGUUCUGAAAAGCCCCUUCAAAAUGCCACUCCCAGUAGCUCUGGAAAAACAGAGAAUGCCCAGGAAAGUGUUAGGGGAUCAUUUAGAUUUGAAAGGUCAGGAAAGUCAACUUCUUGGAGCACACCCUGAGACAAGUUCUUGGAGAAGACAAGAGGAUGUGCUCUUGGAGAAAGCUAGGGGUAUGUUUUUACAAGGGAGGGGAACAGGCUUACAGGCCCAGAUCCCAGAAGGGCUCCAUAGGCCAGAGUCCCAUUUAUCUGAUAUGAUCAGGAAACCACAGAAACCUGAACAUAGACCCAAAGGUGACAUGUGGAAGUGGUUCUUGAAGUCCCGGGAUUUGCCAAUGGGGAAAACUGAGGGCCAGGUCGUAGGCCCAGCCCUAGCCUCAGCCCCAUCCCUUACGUCUGCACCAGCUGAAAGGCCACGCUACUCAGAAGCAAGCUUCUCAGAUGAGGACUGGAUUAAAAAUGCCUUAAUAAGGCUGGAAGCGGGAGAGCAGCUUUCCAGGAACAGUUUCCAAAGACUGCACCAGCUCCUCAGAAACUUCACUUCAAAGGGAUACUUGAAAUGGAUGCAUCUAUACAAUCUUAAAGCCAUUGCUAAACACUUCAGGAAGAACCUAGAAGUAAGUCAUGCAGACAUAUCACAACCCUAUAAGGAUGUUUUGAGUCCAGUGCACUUAAAAGGGAUCCCUCCAAUUAGAAGAAAAGAAAAAUGGAGCCGGCUAGAGCCAUUCCCUGUUGUUGAAGCAGUGUUACCAUUGGCUGCCACAAGGCCUCAAACCCCACACCGUCUCAGUUGGCCUCUCUUAGAUGAGUCCUACAGGAAGAAGCAGGCACAACAGUUAUCUUCUGCUGUUAAGCAGAUGUUGAACCUUUAUCCAGUCAGAAAGGAUGUUCCUACAACGGUCUAUCCCUCUGUGGAUAUAAAAUCCCUGGACUUGAUAUUCCAGAAAGACUUCCAGGUCUUGAGGGAGAAAGGAGAGCUCUCCAAAUUUCACAAGGCAGAGAAGGAAGCACUGCCCAUCCCUUCACCAGUAUUCCCAUCAACCACCAAGAGGAUUCCAGUCCCAAAGGCUAUAAACUGGCAUUUUUUAGGAGAACCUUACAGGAGUGCUCGGGUACAGCAGUUAUCCAAUGCCCUCAAAGAGAUGGAAAUGCAACACUUUUAUCCUAUCAUGCGUGAGAUUUUCACAGGUGCCCAUGACUCUGUGGACAAACAAACUCUAGCUUUGAUGUUUCAGAAGGAUCUCAGAGCUUUUAAGGGAAAAGACAGGCCCCUCACAUUGCCCAAGUUGAAGAAGGCGCAGCCCGUCUCUAAGAAAAAGGAAAAGCUGCCUCGAUGGGAGACAUUUGUGGCACUCUACUAUGUUUUGCGGACAUUGCAGCAACGAUAUGCAAAAGACUGCACUGCUUGGAUGGAACAGUUUUACCAACUCAUGGAUCUGUACCAAUUUAAGUCCCCCCAAAUCCAGAGGCUCCUACUACAGUUGCUGCAGAGAGAGGCACUCCAACCUCAAGAGACCAUCUACAAAAAGGCCCUGAAAGCCAAGGAGCUGGUACUUGGUGAACGGUUGUUCUAUGGCCUGUUUUGUGGUCAUUCUUGUGCCCCUGCAGGUCCUCUCAAGUUCCAUGAUGUUGUACCUCUGCCUGGGAAGAGCAAGGUGCAUACUAUCCAACCUGUGGGCAUUGCCCAGUAUGGGUUCCUAGAACUUGCCUGGAAAAGUCUACCCCAAGUCAGUCCUUACCUUAUUGAGAGGCUGCCCAACAUCUCUACUCCAACUCUAUGAUUUGGCCUAACAUUAGGACUUUGGGACCUUGCUGGGAAAUAAGCCUGGCCAUAGAUUUUAAGCCUCCUGUACCCACUUCAAGGUGGGCCUAAACAAGUAUUUGUAUUCAUUUGGCUCCAGAAACCUGCUACCUUGUACUGAAUAAAAUGACAUUUCUCAUUUGUAACAAA